AUGCCAACUCAGCCCCUCCUGGCAUACAUGGACGGCCUGGAUGGAAUCGCCAGCACCGUCGGAGCACAGAUGGAGAGCAACGACGCCUCGAUGACAAUAAAAGGGACAAACACCAUUUCCUACAAGAGCUUGCAGGAGAAGUUCCUCAUGCAGGCUGAGGGCUGCAUGCCCCUGGACUGCAUGUUCUGUGAUGAGACCUUCAAACACCCCGAAGAGCUGGGGAAGCAUGUCCUAACCCAGCACAGGCCCACGCUGUGUGAACCUGCUGUGCUGCGUGUGGAAGCAGAGUAUCUCAGCCCCCUGGAUAAAUGUCAGCUCAGAAGUUCACCAAACAAUGACAAGGACAGUGAAGAACUUAGCUGUAAAGUUUGUGGACAGACGUUUGAUAAAGCUUUUGACAUCGAGGCGCACAUGAAAAAGCAUAAAGAUUCCUUCACGUAUUGGUGUAACGUCUGUGGGAGGAGAUUCAAAGAGCCAUGGUUCCUGAAAAAUCACAUGAGGACACACACUGGAAAGCCUGGGUCUAGGAACAAGCACCAACAAGGGGCUGAAGGGCCCAUAACAAUAAAUGAGGUGGUGCAGGAGCACGUAACUGAAAACGUAACGUCACCUUACAAAAUCUGUAUGGUUUGUGGUUUCCUAUUUCACAAUAAAGAGACUCUAAUUGAGCACAGCAAAGUGCACACCAAAGAAUCAGUCCCCAACGGUGAAAGCCCCCAAGUGACUGCUGAAGAAGAUGCAGAAGAAACAUCUCAAAGCCAGGAGUAUUUCCAGUUCUUGAACUUGAGUCCAAAUCCGGUUCCAGAAAAGGAGAAAUCACAGAAAGCUGCGAAAUGGAUCUCUGAGCUGGAUCCUUUUACCACAUACCAAGCAUGGCAGCUGGCUACCAAAGGGAAAAUUGCAGUUGGCCACGGCCAAGUUAAAGAACCAGGGCAAGAAGGAAGUACAGACAACGAUGAGUCAUCUUCUGAUAAAGAAGAACUCUGUGAAAUUUGGAAUGCAAAUAAAGGUAGCCAGGCUGAAACUACAGGGAAGUCAAAGGUAAAUAAAAACAGCAGUUACCCAGGGAAUGGGAACUUAACCCAAGAGAAAUUGAAACAUCCAGGUGGUGAAGUGCCUUCUAUGGAGAUGGAUUCUAAAUCAUCCCAGAACAAAGAGAAACCAACACACUGCUCGGAGUGUGGCAAAGCCUUCAGAACAUACCACCAGCUCGUCCUUCACUCCAGAGUGCACAAGAGGGACAGACGGACUGAGGGAGAGACCUCAGCUGCCUCCAGGACGUUCUGUGCUGAUAUCAUUGCAAACCUGGAGGAGAACGGGGCAGGAGAACGGAUGGAAGGAGGCUCUGAAGAUGGAUCUGAGGAUGGGCUUCCAGAGACAAUUAAUUUGGAUAAAAAUGAAGAUAGCUUGGAAAGGACAAAAGUGAAAACCCUUGGGGCCUCCAGAGAGUGCAGCUACUGUGGGAAGUAUUUUCGCUCCAAUUAUUACCUCAACAUUCAUCUCAGAACUCAUACAGGUGAAAAACCAUACAAAUGUGAAUUCUGUGAGUAUGCAGCAGCACAGAAAACUUCCCUGAGGUAUCACUUGGACAGGCAUCACAAGGACAGGCAUGCUGAGAGCACAGCUGACGUGAAGGGUGACGGCAAAGCGUCGCUGCGCGGUCAGGAGUCGGCGCUGGCGGCCGAGGGAGCUCCAGAAACCAAAAACUUGAAGAGGCUUUUCGAUGGUGCCAAAGAUUCUGAGAGCUGCCCACCUGCCAAGCAGCAAAAGGAGGUGCUGUCCUUGAGCAAUGCAAUGGGCAGCACGGUCCUGUUAAAAAUGAAACCCAGUUCUAGGGAGUCGAACAAAGGUUCUGUUUGUGUCAGUUCCAAUCAGACACCUGAGAACGUGCUCACUCCUUACCCGGAAAAACUGAAGGCUGAGAGGGAAACCAAGGAAGCUCAGCCUAAUAUUCCUCAUAAAAGAGAGAGAAAGGCUUCCGUGGCAUCAGACGAAGAUGAUGUCCAGUAUAUUUGUGCUAUUAUCGGUGGGAAAAAUGUGAACGACCUGCAAGAGUGUGCUGAGAGCUACAAACACAGACCUGCUGUGGACUGUUGUGAGCAGCCCUUGGACUUGUCCAGUAAGAGCUCCCAGGAGUGCACAGUGAUUGCCACCAGAGGACUCCUGGCACCCAGCACCUGUUCCUUCUGUAACUACAGGACGUUUUACCCCGAGGUCCUGCUGAUGCACCAGAGGCUGAUGCACAAGUACAAUCCCGACACGGUGAACAGGAACGGCUACAGGCACAAGGCUGUGCCCAGGGCUCGGCGCACGGGCUGCCCCCCGGCCCUGCUGGGCAAGGACGUGCCUCCCUUGCUUCUGAAUGCCAACAAGAGCAAGGCUUCCCCAUCUCUGCAGCAAAAACCACUGCAAGCAGGGAAAGCUAAGCAGUGUCACCCUCCGCAGGGCAGAGCCCCUCCCUUCGCAGGGCCCGAGUCGAGCGGCACAGCCCCGAGUAACCUCAAGUUUCAUAAACAGCAAAGUAAUGUUGGAGCUCAGGCAAAUAACUACAGACAACCUCAGCAAGAAGUGCACUCCAAUUCCAGUGUCCCUCCAGUACUGGACAGAGUAAAAAGAAUCGACUCUAAAAUGAAAGCUGUGGGUACCCCAGUGACUCAGUCUGGUCUCGUCAGCAGCAGCACAAAUGGGGUUCUGGACUCUCCCCUCAGUGACCCUGCCUGGCCUUGCCAUCGAGGAAGAGACUAUCUCUGUAGUAAAUCUGUCAGCAAUGCAAACGUAGACUAUGGAGAAACCUCCUCCAAACGACUGAAACCCUCUCUGCUAGCUGGGGACCACGUGGACUCUCCAGUGGCUAAUUACAGGAGAUACGAAAUGAGCAGAUUUCGUGUUGCAAACAGAUAUGCAAAUCUGCUACCUCAGGAAUACUCUCACACCAAACCUGCACCCUCUGUCUUGCCAACCAAACAAGGGCUCCUCACCUCAGAUGAUGAUCCUUCCAACGUAUUGACUGUUCUCAAACCCUAUGAGCCAUAUAGCUCUGGGUCACUUUAUGGUUCUUGUGGUCCUAGCAAUGGCCAAGUCACCAGCUCUACAGGAGAAGGGAAGAGAUCAGUGUCCUACCAACACUUAUCCAGUGGUGUGCUGCAAAAGAGAAGCUACGAACCCUUCGUGGGCACCACACAUUUCCGACCCAGCGACAAGAAGAAUUGA